UUGCGCUCAUUCGUGUUUUGAAACUCGCCUCGCACGGCUGUAACGGUUCUCGGUUCAAACUCGACGUCGCCGCUCGAGCGUUCGCCUCCACAAUCGGAAAAUGUGGAUAUACGAAAAGUAGCGAGGAAAGCGCGCUGCUGCCAGUUGAAAAUAUUGAAAGUAUUGCAAAUAUUGCAAAUUGGGAAACCGUGAAAAACCUCAAGAGAUGAUGCUUCGAUCUGUCGAAUUCUAACUAAAUUCCAAACGAUCGCCUCGCCGCGCAACCAAAACAAACAAAAAUCCCCCCGUGAAACUCGUCGCGUCUCUGUACUCCAUCGUGUGUGUCCCCCGUGUUUUUGAGUGUACGAUUGCCUGAAGGAAAGGAAAGGCCCCAAGAAAUAUUAUUUCGGCCUCGGCCGACUGUGAAUUGAGUCGAAGUUGUGAUUUUGUUGGAACAGCUUUAUAUGUAUUAACCAAACCGCCUGGCAAUGGAAAUCGAAAUGGAAAUGGCCCAGUAAAAAAUGUUUUCGAGUGCAGUGCGCCAGUGUUGUCGAGUGCAUGAAUAAUCGGGAGUGACCGCAAAAGUCAACGCUUCUCUUCUCUGCUUUGCUUUGCUCUGCUCUGCUCUGCUCUUCCCACUCCCACCGCGGAGUCCUCCUCUCCUCCUCUUCUUCUGUCCGGCUGUCCGGCUGUCUGGCCAAAAGCCCCAAAAAACCGCCAAGAUUAAGUUCUCAAAGCAGCACGCCCACCACGCGUACCGCCACACGGACAACAUCUACGACGGCGGCACGGACACGGACGACGACGAAUGUCCGCUGGAGGCGACCGCCAUGAAUCCCUACGAGUAUGAGUCCACGCUCGACUGCCGCGACUCGGGCGGCGGUCCUGCCCCGCCCCAUGCCCAUGCCCUCGCCGUCGCCCAUCCGCACGCCCAGGGACGCACACUGCCCAUGAGCGGUCACGGGCGGCCGGUGGCGGACCUCAACGCGUCCGCCGCCCACGGCAGCCAGACGCUGCAGCACCAGAACCAACAGAACCAGCAGGCCGCCCAGCAGUCGCACUACGACUACGAAUACCAGCACCUGGCCCACCGUCCGCCGGACACGGCCAACAACACGGCGCAGAGGACGCACGGCAGACAAGGCUUCCUCCUGGAAGGAGUCACGCCAACGGCCCCCCCGGAUGUACCGCCGCGUAAUCCGACAAUGAGUCGCAUGCAAAAUGGUCGUUUAACCGUUAACAAUCCCAAUGACGUUGACUUUGAGCCAUCUUGUUUGGUGCGAACGCCAUCGGGCAACGUUUACAUUCCUAGUGGAAAUCUAAACAUCAACAAGGGCUCACCCAUCGACUUCAAGAGCGGCUCGGCCUGCUCCACCCCCACGAAGGACACGCUGAAGGGCUACGAGCGGAGCACACAGGGCUGCAUGGGUCCUGUGCUGCCGCCGCGCAGCGUCAUGAACGGACUGCCCGCCCACCACUACUCGGCGCCGAUGAACUUCCGCAAGGACCUGGCCGCCCGCUGCUCCUCGCCCUGGGUGAGCGUCGUCGCCAUCUCGGCGCUGCUCGUCGGCGUGCUCAUGCUGAUCCUGCUGACCACCUUCGGCGGCCUGCACUGGACCCAGUCGGCGCCCUGCACCGUUCUAGUCGGCAACGAGGCCUCCGAGGUCACGGCUGCCAAGAGCACGAACACGGACCUCUCCAAGCUCCACAACUCCUCGGUGCGCGCGAAGAACGGACAAGGCAUUGGCAUCGGCACCGGCACCGGCCUCGGAGGACUGGCCCAGGGACAAUCGGGACUGGGAGUGGCAGGUGGAGGCGGCGGCGGUGGCGCAGGAUCCGUGUCAGGCGGAUCGUCGGCGGCCACCGUGACGACGGCCACCUCGAACAGCGGCACCGCCCAGGGCCUACAGUCGACGUCCGCCUCCGCGGAGGCCACGUCCUCGGCGGCCACGUCUUCCUCACAAUCCUCGCUGUCGCCGUCGCUGUCCUCGUCUCUGGCGAAUGCCAAUAAUGGAGGAAGAGCAAUGUCAACGCAGCUGUCAGUCAGUGGGGCAGGAGGUAAGGAACGACGCCGUCGACGACGAAGCUUAAUCGAGGGACAGGACGAAGAUGAUGUGGCUACAGACGAAACUUUCAGCGACUUAAUUACAAUCGAAAGCCUCCACCAGCAGACGACUGAAAAGUAUUCCACCCCGGACAAAAACCCGCCAGACGUCGAGCAAACUUCGCCCCGAAUCGAUGGUGUAUUGGGUCCCCAAAGGAGCGAUUCAGACCCCAGCGACUAUGUCUAUGAAGACGAAGUUGAGCCGGAGAGCCCCCAUCCGCUCGGCCGAAGAGCCAAGAGGGGGCAACAAUUUGGCAAAUCAUUAAACAGCAAUUUACGCAGCGCUGCCAAAACACUGGUCAACAAGAGUAGGAAAUAUGACCACGGGGCGGAGGCGGAGGCGGAGUCGGAUGCGCACAUUAACCAGCAGAAGCAGGAGCAGGAGCUCCUCAAAGCGAUUGGGAUGGCAACGGAGACCAGCACAUUGCUCGCCGUUAUUGAUGACGAUAAUCAAAGUGACAAGAGCAGCUCAGGCCCCACGCCGGAGACGACUGCGAGGAGUGACACCGAUGACAUUGUUGAAAUCAACACCAUCACCCAGUCAGCUCCGAGCUCUUUCGCCGAUGUCUCGAGCCAGCCUGGCGUUGAAAAUGAUUUUCAAAUCAAAGGCACGGAGGCUGGGGGGCCGCAGACAGGGAAACCUGCCACUGAUGAUAUCAAUAAUGAGUGUGAUUUAGCUGACAACUAUGAGGUAGACACCGAGGAGCCGGCAUCACCAGCAUCACCAGCCACACCCCCACAAGGUAAGGAAAGUCAGCAGCCCAGCAAGGAGUCACCACAAACCAAUCAUACGGAAUCGGAUUUGAUGAUGAGCGAUGCCUCGCAAGUUGAGGAUAUCGACAUAGUCAAACUAGAUGGGGUGCCCAGUUCCCACGAAGAGGAGGUUUACAAGACGGCAGAGGAGGAGAAGUUGGCAGGCAAGGGUCAAGAGUCACCUCAGCCAUUAGUGGGGAGCGAAAACGAAGUGCUCAAAGAGCAGCAGAAGGACGCCGAGGAAGUGACCCCGCCCCCUCACCUAAAGCCCCUUAAGCCAUACGUGAGUGAACGCGUUGAUCUGCCGGGCAAACGCAUAUUCCUCAACCUGACAAUCGCCACCGACGAGGGCAGCGACUCGGUCUACACUCUUCACGUGGAGGUGCCCACGGGAGGAGGUCCGCACACCAUCAAGGAGGUGCUGACCCACGAGCGAGCGGGAGGCCAGACAGGCCACACGGACAGUUGUGCCCCGGAGCCACCACCCCGCAUGCCCGACUGUCCCUGCAGUUGUCUCCCGCCUCCGGCGCCCAUCUACUUGGAUGACAGCGUUGACAUUGACUCUCUCCAAUCGACCACGACAUCGACAACAGCUCCCCUGGAAAGGGCGACCAUUUUGAGCCAUGUUCGCAGCGUGGAGGAGGAGAAGGAGGAUGGGGAUACCGCUGCCUCAAGCACCGCUACUAACACAUCUAGCACUGAGAUCGAUAACCACAUUGUCGCCUCCUAUACUGAACCCACUGUUGGUGGUGGUGGUGGUGAACCGUUUGCAUGUCCUGAUGUGAUGCCAGUUCUGAUACUGGAAGGAGCUCGAACAUUCCCGGCACGCAGUUUUCCACCGGACGGCACCACCUUUGGCCAGAUCACGCUCGGCCAGAAACUGACCAAGGAGAUCCAACCGUACAGCUACUGGAACAUGCAGUUCUACCAGUCGGAGCCGGCCUACGUCAAGUUUGACUACACGAUUCCGCGUGGCGCCUCCAUCGGAGUCUAUGGCCGGCGCAACGCCCUGCCCACUCACACCCAGUACCACUUCAAGGAGGUGCUCAGCGGAUUCAGUGCCAGCACGCGAACGUCCCGGGCCGCCCACCUGUCGAUCACGCGGGAGGUGACGCGCUACAUGGAGCCGGGCCACUGGUUCGUCUCGCUCUACAACGACGACGGCGAUGUGCAGGAGCUGACCUUUUUCGCGGCCGUGGCCGAGGACAUGACCCAGAACUGCCCGAACGGCUGCUCGGGCAACGGGCAGUGUCUGCUCGGCCAUUGCCAGUGCAACCCUGGCUUCGGGGGCGACGACUGCAGCGAGAGCGUGUGCCCCGUGCUCUGCUCGCAGCACGGCGAGUACACCAACGGCGAGUGCAUCUGCAACCCGGGCUGGAAGGGCAAGGAGUGCUCGCUGCGGCACGACGAGUGCGAGGUGGCCGACUGCAAUGGCCAUGGCCACUGCGUCAGUGGCAAGUGCCAGUGUAUGCGCGGCUACAAGGGCAAAUUCUGUGAAGAAGUGGACUGUCCGCAUCCGAACUGCUCGGGCCAUGGGUUCUGCGCCGACGGCACCUGCAUCUGCAAGAAGGGCUGGAAGGGUCCGGACUGCGCCACCAUGGACCAGGAUGCGCUGCAGUGCCUGCCCGACUGCUCGGGCCACGGCACCUUCGACCUGGACACGCAGACGUGCACGUGCGAGGCCAAGUGGAGCGGCGACGACUGCUCCAAGGAGCUGUGCGACCUGGACUGCGGCCAGCACGGCCGCUGCGAGGGCGACGCCUGUGCCUGCGACGCGGAGUGGGGCGGCGAGUACUGCAACACCCGGCUGUGCGACGCGCGCUGCAAUGAGCACGGCCAGUGCAAGAACGGCACUUGUCUGUGCGUCACCGGCUGGAACGGCAAGCACUGCACCAUCGAGGGCUGUCCCAACAGCUGCGCCGGACACGGUCAGUGCCGCGUGAGCGGCGAGGGACAGUGGGAGUGCCGCUGCUACGAGGGCUGGGACGGACCGGAUUGCGGCAUCGCUUUGGAGCUGAACUGUGGCGACAGCAAGGACAACGACAAGGAUGGCCUGGUUGACUGCGAGGAUCCCGAGUGCUGUGCCAGUCAUGUGUGCAAGACCUCGCAGCUCUGCGUUUCGGCUCCGAAGCCCAUCGACGUGCUGCUCCGCAAGCAGCCGCCGGCCAUCACGGCCUCCUUCUUCGAGAGGAUGAAGUUCCUCAUCGACGAGAGCAGCCUGCAGAACUACGCCAAGCUGGAGACAUUUAACGAGAGCAUUUUUUGGAAUUAUUUCAAUGCAAGUCGAUCGGCGGUCAUCAGAGGGCGCGUGGUCACCUCGCUGGGCAUGGGCCUGGUGGGUGUGCGAGUGUCCACCACCACGCUCCUCGAAGGCUUCACCCUGACCCGCGACGACGGCUGGUUCGACCUGAUGGUCAACGGCGGCGGUGCUGUGACCCUCCAGUUCGGACGCGCCCCCUUCCGGCCGCAGUCGCGCAUCGUGCAGGUGCCGUGGAACGAGGUGGUCAUCAUCGACGUGGUCGUGAUGAGCAUGUCCGAGGAGAAGGGCCUGGCCAGCACGACGACGCACACGUGCUUCGCCCACGACUACGACCUAAUGAAGCCGGUGGUGUUGGCCUCGUGGAAGCACGGUUUCCAGGGCGCCUGUCCCGACCGCAGCGCCAUCCUGGCCGAAUCGCAGGUGAUCCAAGAGUCGCUCCAGAUCCCGGGCACGGGCCUCAACCUUGUCUACCACUCGUCGCGUGCCGCCGGCUACCUGUCCACCAUUAAGCUGCAGCUGACCCCAGACGCCAUACCGGCCUCGCUGCACCUCAUCCACCUGCGCAUCACGAUCGAGGGCAUCCUGUUCGAGCGUGUCUUCGAGGCGGAUCCGGGCAUUAAGUUCACGUACGCAUGGAACCGACUCAACAUCUACCGGCAGCGCGUGUACGGCGUCACCACGGCCACGGUGAAGGUGGGCUACCAGUACACCGACUGUACGGACGUCGUGUGGGACAUUCAGACCACCAAGCUGAGCGGCCACGACAUGUCCAUCUCGGAGGUGGGCGGCUGGAACCUGGACAUCCACCACCGCUACAACUUCCACGAGGGUAUCCUGCAGAAGGGUGACGGCUCGAACAUCUAUCUGCGCAACAAGCCACGCAUCAUCUUGACCACCAUGGGCGAUGGUCACCAGCGACCGCUGGAGUGUCCCGACUGCGACGGCCUGGCCACCAAGCAGCGCCUGCUGGCACCCGUGGCCCUGGCCGCCGCUCCAGACGGCAGCCUCUUCGUCGGCGACUUCAACUAUAUCCGGCGCGUGAUGACCGACGGCAGCAUACGCACCGUGGUCAAACUGAAUGCCACGCGUGUCUCGUACCGCUACCACAUGGCGCUCAGUCCGCUCGACGGCACGCUGUACGUCUCCGACCCGGAGUCGCAUCAGAUCAUCCGGGUGCGCGACACGGCCGACUACUCGCAACCGGACCUCAACUGGGAGGCGGUCGUGGGCUCCGGCGAGCGGUGCCUGCCCGGCGACGAGGCCCACUGCGGCGACGGGGCGCUGGCCAAGGACGCCAAGCUGGCCUAUCCCAAGGGCAUAGCCAUCUCGAGCGAUAAUGUGCUAUACUUCGCCGACGGCACCAACAUCCGCAUGGUCGACCGCGACGGCAUCGUGAGCACCCUGAUCGGCAACCACAUGCACAAGUCCCACUGGAAGCCCAUUCCGUGCGAGGGCACACUCAAGCUGGAGGAGAUGCACCUGCGCUGGCCCACCGAGCUGUCGGUAUCGCCGCUGGACAACACCCUACACAUCAUCGACGACCACAUGAUCCUGCGCAUGACACCCGACGGUCGCGUCCGCGUCAUCUCCGGCCGCCCACUGCACUGUGCUACCGCCUCCACGGCCUACGACACCGACCUGGCCACCCACGCCACCCUGGUGAUGCCCCAGUCCAUUGCCUUCGGGCCGCUGGGCGAGCUGUAUGUGGCCGAGAGCGACUCGCAGCGCAUCAACAGGGUGCGUGUGAUCGGCACGGACGGACGCAUCGCUCCGUUCGCCGGCGCCGAAUCGAAGUGCAAUUGUUUGGAGCGCGGCUGCGACUGCUUCGAGGCGGAGCACUAUCUGGCCACCAGUGCCAAGUUCAACACGAUCGCCGCGCUGGCCGUCACGCCCGACGGUCAUGUGCACAUCGCCGAUCAGGCCAACUACCGCAUCCGGUCCGUGAUGAGCAGCAUACCGGAGGCGAGUAACUCGCGCGAGUACGAGAUCUAUGCGCCGGACAUGCAGGAGAUCUACAUCUUUAAUCGCUUUGGCCAGCACGUGUCCACGCGCAACAUCCUGACCGGCGAGACGACGUACGUGUUCACCUACAACGUGAACACCUCCAACGGCAAGCUGAGCACCGUGACCGAUGCGGCCGGCAACAAGGUGUUCCUGCUGCGCGACUACACCUCGCAGGUGAACUCCAUCGAGAACACCAAGGGACAGAAGUGCCGCCUGCGCAUGACGCGCAUGAAGAUGCUGCACGAGCUGAGCACGCCGGACAACUACAAUGUGACGUACGAGUACCACGGCCCCACCGGCCUGCUGCGCACCAAACUGGACUCCACCGGCCGCUCCUACGUCUACAACUACGAUGAGUUUGGCCGCCUCACCUCCGCCGUCACGCCCACCGGUCGCGUCAUCGAGCUGAGCUUCGACCUCAGCGUCAAGGGUGCCCAGGUGAAGGUGUCGGAGAACGCGCAGAAGGAGAUGUCGCUGUUAAUUCAGGGUGCCACCGUGACCGUGCGCAACGGUGCCGCCGAAUCGCGCACCACCGUCGACAUGGACGGCUCCACCACGAGCAUCACGCCGUGGGGCCAUAACCUCCAGAUGGAGGUGGCCCCCUAUGCCAUCCUGGGCGAGCAGAGCCCGCUGCUGGGCGAGAGUUACCCGGUGCCGGCCAAGCAGCGCACCGAAAUCGCCGGCGAUCUGGCCAACCGGUUCGAGUGGCGCUACUUUGUGCGCCGCCAGCAGCCGCUGCAGGCGGGCAAGCCGAACAAGGCGGGACCGCCCCGUCCCGUCACCGAGGUGGGCCGCAAGUUGCGCGUGAAUGGGGACAAUGUGCUGACUUUGGAGUACGACCGCGAGACCCAGUCGGUGGUGGUGAUGGUGGACGACAAGCAGGAGCUGCUCAACGUGACCUACGACCGCACCUCGCGUCCCAUCAGCUUCCGUCCGCAGUCGGGCGACUAUGCGGACGUGGAUCUGGAGUAUGACCGCUUCGGCAGGCUGGUCAGUUGGAAGUGGGGCGUGUUGCAGGAGGCCUACUCGUUCGAUCGCAACGGACGACUCAACGAGAUCAAGUACGGCGACGGAUCGACCAUGGUGUACGCCUUCAAGGACAUGUUCGGCUCGCUGCCGUUGAAGGUGACCACGCCCAGGCGGUCGGACUACCUGCUGCAGUACGACGACGCGGGUGCCCUCCAGAGCCUCACCACUCCGCGCGGUCACAUCCACGCCUUCUCGCUGCAGACGUCGCUCGGUUUCUUCAAGUACCAGUACUACUCGCCCAUCAACCGACAUCCCUUCGAGAUUCUCUACAACGACGAGGGCCAGAUCCUGGCCAAGAUCCAUCCGCACCAGUCGGGCAAGGUGGCCUUUGUGCACGAUACCGCCGGACGACUGGAGACCAUCCUGGCCGGGCUGUCGAGCACCCACUACACGUACCAGGACACGACCAGUCUGGUGAAGUCGGUGGAGGUGCAGGAGCCGGGCUUCGAGCUGCGGCGCGAGUUCAAGUACCACGCGGGCAUCCUGAAGGACGAGAAGCUGCGCUUCGGAUCGAAGAACUCGCUGGCCUCGGCGCACUACAAGUACGCGUACGACGGCAAUGCGCGGCUCAGCGGCAUCGAGAUGGCCAUCGACGACAAGGAGCUGCCGACGACGCGGUACAAGUAUGGCCAGAAUCUCGGCCAGCUGGAGGUGGUGCAGGACCUGAAGAUUACACGCAACGCUUUCAAUCGCACGGUGAUCCAGGACUCGGCCAAGCAGUUCUUUACCAUCGUGGACUACGACCAACAUGGACGCGUCAAGAGCGUCCUGAUGAACGUCAAGAACGUUGAUGUGUUCCGGCUGGAACUGGACUACGAUCUGCGCAACCGGAUCAAGUCGCAGAAGACGACCUUCGGCCGGUCGACGGCCUUCGACAAGGUCAACUACAAUGCCGAUGGCCAUGUGGUCGAGGUGCUGGGCACCAGCAACUGGAAGUACCUCUUCGACGAGAACGGCAACACGGUGGGCGUGGUCGAUCAGGGUGAGAAGUUCAAUCUCGGUUACGACAUCGGCGACCGGGUGAUCAAGGUGGGCGACGUCGAGUUCAAUAACUACGAUGCCCGCGGCUUUGUGGUGCGGCGUGGUGAGCAAAAGUACCGCUACAACAAUCGCGGCCAACUGAUCCACGCCUUCGAGCGGGAACGCUUCCAGAGCUGGUACUACUACGAUGAUCGGAGUCGUCUGGUGGCCUGGCACGACAACAAGGGCAACACCACGCAGUACUACUAUGCCAAUCCGCGCACCCCGCUGCUCGUCACGCACGUCCACUUCCCUAAGCUGGGCCGCACCACCAAGCUCUUCUACGACGACCGCGACAUGCUGAUCGCACUGGAGCAUGAGGAGCAGCGCUACUAUGUGGCCACCGACCAGAACGGUUCGCCGCUGGCCUUCUUCGAUCUGAACGGUGCUCUGGUGAAGGAGAUCAAGCGAACUCCCUUUGGUCGUGUCAUCAAGGACACCAAGCCGGAGUUCUUUGUGCCCGUGGACUUCCAUGGCGGUCUGAUCGAUCCGCACACCAAGCUGAUCUACACGGAGCGGCGACAGUACGAUCCGCACGUGGGCCAAUGGAUGACACCGCUGUGGGAGACGCUGGCCACCGAGAUGUCGCAUCCGACGGACGUGUUCAUCUAUCGGUAUCACAACAACGACCCCGUCAACCCAAGUCGGCCGCAGAACUACAUGAUCGACCUGGACGCCUGGCUGCAGCUCUUCGGCUACGACCUGGACAACAUGCAGAGCAGUCGGUACACGCGACUGGCCCAGUACACGCCGCAGGCCUCCAUCAAGGCGCACUCGCUGGCUCCGGACUUCGGGGUCAUCUCCGGCCUGGAGUGCAUCGUGGAGAAGACGAGCGAGAAGUUCAGUGACUUUGACUUUGUGCCCAAGCCGCUGCUCAAGAUGGAGCCCAAGAUGCGCAACCUGCUGCCGCGCGUCAGCUACCGCCGCGGUGUGUUCGGCGAGGGUGUUCUGCUCUCGCGGAUCGGCGGCCGGGCGCUGGUGAGCGUGGUGGAUGGAUCGAAUAGCGUGGUGCAGGAUGUGGUGAGCAGCGUGUUCAACAACUCGUACUUCCUGGAUCUGCACUUUAGCAUCCACGACCAGGACGUCUUCUACUUCGUCAAGGACAACGUGCUGAAGCUGCGCGACGACAACGAGGAGCUGCGUCGCCUGGGCGGCAUGUUCAACAUAUCAACGCACGAGAUUAGCGAUCACGGCGGCAGCGCCGCCAAGGAGCUGCGUCUGCACGGACCCGACGCCGUUGUCAUCAUCAAGUACGGCGUGGAUCCCGAGCAGGAGCGUCACCGCAUCCUGAAGCAUGCCCACAAGCGAGCCGUGGAGCGGGCCUGGGAGCUGGAGAAGCAACUGGUGGCCGCCGGCUUCCAGGGACGCGGCGACUGGACCGAGGAGGAGAAGGAGGAGCUCGUCCAGCACGGCGACGUCGACGGCUGGAACGGCAUCGACAUCCACAGCAUCCACAAGUACCCGCAGCUGGCCGACGAUCCCGGCAACGUGGCCUUCCAGCGGGAUGCCAAGCGGAAGCGCCGCAAGACGGGCACCAGCCAUCGCAGUGCCUCCAGUCGGCGACAGCUCAAGUUUGGCGAUCUGAGUGCGUGAGUGGAGGCAGAGAUGGAGAUGGAGCGGGAGAUGGAGAUGGGGACAGAUAGUGACAUGGCCGUCGAUGAGGAGGACGGCGAGCAGGAGGACUAUCUAAUUGCCGUGGGCAGGAAGGAGCCAAGGGACAGCAGCGAGGCACUGGAUGAGCAGAUUUUGUAAUUAGGUGAAAGGCGCAUUAGCGACCACGACAGCACAACCAACCAACCAAUAACACUCGACGAAACACUCGACACACGAAUAGAAAAAGCAAAAGCGAAAAAGCGAAAAAGCAAAAAGCAAAAAGCGAGCAUUCAACACACACUAAUUAAUAUAAACUUUAAUCAUGCUUAAAGUUUAGUAUUAGCCACAACGCAGCCCUCGAAUAACCGAAGAAACUUCUUAUAUGUACACAGGAACAGUAAUAUGUAUGUUGAUGUUGAGUUUAGGCUAACAAUAGGCGUAUGUUUAGUCCAUGUGUGUGUAAUGUUUACAAGUAAUGUAAUUUUUUAAAUCCGAAUCAGUGGCAUACGCUAGGUAUGAAGAUUGGUAAAACAAACAAACCGAGCAAAUUGGACUCGUAUGAGUAUUACACAGCAGAAUAUGCGUACGAUAAGUUACAUACAGAUGUUAAACCACAAAGCGAAUAAAUGUAAAAAGAUUAAAGUUCUCUGUAGUAGCCCCCUAGUCCUUGGCCCCCAGUUUGGCCCACACUCGAAAGGCAAUGAAAUGUUGAUCGCUGCUUCUCACCUGCUCACUGGCUUUGUGUACAUAAGACCGAAUACUUUUCUAUCCCAACUAAUAUCCCCUAAUAUCCCUUUGCUGCCGAACAGCGCGCAUUUAUCCUUUAGUCUAACGAUCUUUUUAGCAGAAUAGGUGUCUGUACCGAAUGCUCGAAUUUAAAUUUAUCAGACGCGUCUACCUUAUUUGGAUAGCCAAGAAUCAAAAGGAGUUUUUACCAAUCACCAUCCCUACCCCUUCAAUGCACAAUACAAUACUCUACCGACUCUCUUUCACUCAUUUUACAAUGUUAACUGUUGAAUUUAUUCAAAGGAAGAAUGCAUUAAAAACUUUUUACAAAUUGUGAUAUAUAUUUCUAAACAUUUCAUUUGACAACUUGAAGUGUAACGAACGAAAAUCGAAUUAACUCAAAUUGAACCGAAAAUGAAAAUGAAAAUGAAAAGCAACCACAUGUACUUUACUCAUUUUUUUUUAAACAUAGUCUUUUACGAUUAGUUUUUAUGCUGCAAUAUUUAGUUCUUACCAUUUGCCAUGUUAAUUUGUAAAAGCAAUACUGUUUUUAGUAAUGAACCACCCUUGUGGGAAUUUCACAUAGAGCUUAGGGUCUUUUAAUUCUGAUUUUAUUUAUGAUAAUUAUUGCAAGAACAAUUGCUGCUUUCAAAAACAAAAUUUUUUCUCCCUUCUGUGUGGCUGACGUUUUGUCGGUAUCUUGUGUUUAUAAUUAUUAUUAAACUAUUUAUAAUUGAAGCUAAACUAUUGACUAUUGAGAUAUUAACUAGCAUAAAACAUAGUGCGCAUAACGUCUUGCGAAGAACUUAAACAUACCCCCUAUAACCAUAAAACACACCUUGUAUUAUAAACACCCACGCAUACAACUAAACAUAGGCUUAAGAACUAGGCUAAGGACAAAGCUCGUAAGGACAGAAAGGAUUAGCACCUAACUACAGUGAAAAUAAGCGAUUGGUUCUGUUGCGAUCGAUCUGAGGCGGAUCGAAAGAGUACAGAAAAUAACUGCGUAGUAAUUAGCUAAAGUGUUAGUAAUUUUAUUAAAUAAAAUUAUAAAUGAAAAAUGGAUAAACACUUAAACCCUACAUUUAGGAAUAUACAUCACAAUCUGAAUUCGUUUACUCGAAUUGUAAGUCUAGUGCUGUGUAAGAAUUGUAAUCCUUACACAGAACAAGGUCUUACAAGCUAACGAAAAUUGUAAAAAUCAGAAGAAACCCGUAUAUGAAUGUGUAUGUAAUAAAAUUAAGCAGCAUUAUAUUAACCAAAAAGCAUAUAACGAAACAAAACGAUUGAAAUCAGCAUAAAAAGCGAAUGCAAAUAAUUGUGACUGAAACAAGGAAAAGGAAAAUUUCUAGAAUACCAACCAAGCAGUUGCAAAUGGUCGUCGUCAAACUCCAAUCUACGUACCCCAAGUCCUUUGUUCUUUAAGUGUACUUUGAACUGUAAAUUUCCAGGCAGGGGAAAAUGCUUACCCCAAUUAAUUAGUUGAGAUCACGAUUAGACUUAUUAACUGAUUGUAAUGAAAAACACGCCACUUUUGAAAGCAGUUUGUCUGCAGUUCGAGCAUGCAUAAAUUGCAACCAAUAAUUGUAUUCAAUGUACGAAAUUGUCUUUAAAGUAUACAGACACCGACAGAAGUGCAGAGGGUGUUGGCUAUAAAUUACAAAUCGAUUGCAGAAAACAAAGGACAAUUGUAUACACAGAAAAUACCUAUAAUUAUGGCAAGCCGAUAUACAUACAUGAUAAUACAUCCAUAUAAAUACAUAUAAUAACUAAUAAUAUUACGAGUAAAAAGCGAUUUCAAUAAAAAUGAAAACAUAAAACAA